CUCAAUAUAUUAUAGGCAUUGAAUGUUGCAAGUGAAUCAAUUUCGUAUUCAACCGACUCAGCUUUGAAGUCUGCCAAUACAUCGAAAAACAGAUACAAGAACAUGUAUCCUUACGACAAAAAUCGUGUACAGCUGCCUGUAGUCGGAAAAAAAGCAUAUUGCCUGUACAUUAACCGUCUUAUUCGGAGGCCACUUGCUUCCACAAGAGCUGAUUUUUGGAGUAUGAUUUGGGAGCAAAAUGUUGGGGUCGUAGCCAUGGUUACAAACCUAGUUGAGGAGUCAAUGAGAAAGUGCUUCCAAUACUGGCCAAUAAGCUCUGAAAAUGACUGUCAGUAUAGUGAUUACACAAUACGGCUUCUUUCGGAAGAAACUUACGCUAACUUUGUUGUUCGCACGUUGCACUGCACCAAGGUGGAUGAUAAGAGGGUUAACAACAUAUAAUUGUCAGGUUUGUAAUUUUCAAUAUAUUCAAGCUCCGCAUAGCUUAUUUUCCAGAUUACUAAAAUAAAAGACAAGGGAAUGGUGAGACGAGUUUAUUUCCUGAUAAAAUGCUUUCUCGCUAGAUAUGUGAAAUACGUUUAAAAAAAGUUAACUUAAAAAAAAUAUGUCCAACCGUUAACUCACAGUCGGUCGAUAAUCAAGCAAUAUUUCCAGUCCGUUUGUCAACCCGAAUGAAUGAUCGACAGACUUUCAAACAAUAUUUGUUAGUUUUUGCCCCUUAAUCGAUAGCUCGCGUCCUAUUUCUUUAAAACAACGUGAUGAAUAGUGCAUGCAUAUGCAACCACAAUUGAACUUUUUUGAAAGGUUGUCCAAUUGCCCAAAGUAGGAUCAAGGGAUGCUUUGGACUAUAGCUAUUUUUGACAUUUUUGCGGCCCACAAAGACAGGUCUAUGAUAAAUUGUAGUAAAUGACCUUGUUAUAAUUCCAAUAUCAGAGGGUGGGUUUUUUUCAUGGCUCUUUUUCAUUUUUUUCUCAUUAAACAUGAUUUUAUAUAUUUAUUUGAAUAUAUUGGGCUCCUAAAAAAACCUAUCCAGGGUACGUUACUUCCACCUGUGUAUUUUUUUGUUGGGGGGGGGUGGGAAAUAACGCAAUAAGUAUGUCAUUUUAUGACACCAUCAAUCAGCUGAUUCAUUAUACGGAUGGCGAAAAAUCAUGUCAUAUGACUAGAUUUAAAGGUUGAAGGUCGUAUAAUUUUGAAGCUUACGUUUUCUUGACGUUAUUUCUUAUGAAAAAUCAUUCAGUGGUAAAGUAAAAAGUAGUCCGUGCACGCGACAGGUAUAUCCCACAAGGUUGCAUACAGGCUAGUAUACUCCAUACGGUGUUAUACCGUAAAUGUCGCAUUGAAAAUGGGAUAAAACAGUAUACUUACAUGGUUUUUUAUGAAAUGUUCAACGGGAUUUUAUUUUUUACAUGUGGAACCCUACUUGCCGGGCAGUAGUGAAAGCUGCUUGAUUGGACCAUUCACAGCCAAAUCUAAGUCUGACACACAGAAACACGUUUAUAAAGAAUCUGUUGUACAAUUUAAAUAUAUUGAAGAGGUAUAAUCAAAUGCAUUAUAUUAUGUGUAUUAAAUAUACAUUACAUAUAUAGACGCAUAUUAGAACUAAGGGUAACACAUACUAAUGGUG